CAAUGACGAUUUGAAAUGCAUUGAAGUGAAAGCCCCUUGAAAAACUUUGCACAAACAACGCACCGAGAGGGUUGACGAAAAAUAGAAAUUCAAAUGCAAAUAGAAAUAGAAAUUGCUGCAACCGAAAAAUACCCAUAAAAAUCACAACAACAGCGACAGCAACACCAACAGCAACAGCAACAACGGAAGCCGCAGCGGCAUCAGCAUCGGCAGCAACAGUGACAAAACAGAGGCCGCAAUUGUGAUUGCAACUUAAAAGUGGCAAUACACAAAAAUAAAAACCCAAUUGCCACACAAAAACAGGCCACAAUAUGGAGAAUCGGAACGUGUCUCUGAAUUUAAAUGCAGCGCUUGUUGUCAUAUUAAUAAUGACCGCUCGAUUGAUUGAUGGCAUCGCACAAAAUCAGCACGAGUCCAACUCGCAGCUGGAUCCAGAUCCAGAAUUUAUAGGCACCAUCAACAAUGUCACAUAUCCGGCUGGACGGGAGGCAAUACUCGCCUGCUCAGUGCGAAAUCUGGGCAAGAAUAAGGUGGGCUGGCUGCGUGCCUCCGACCAGACGGUGUUGGCACUGCAGGGCCGUGUGGUGACACAUAAUGCAAGGAUCAGUGUCAUGCACCAGGAUAUGCACACGUGGAAGCUGAAGAUCAGCAAGCUGCGGGAGAGCGAUCGAGGCUGUUACAUGUGCCAAAUAAACACGAGUCCCAUGAAGAAACAGGUCGGCUGUAUCGAUGUACAAGUUCCGCCAGACAUCAUCAACGAAGAGUCGUCGGCCGAUUUGGCCGUGCAGGAGGGCGAGGAUGCUACGCUAGUGUGCAAGGCCACCGGAAAUCCGCAGCCACGCGUCAUCUGGCGACGCGAAGAUGGCGAAAUGAUACUCAUUCGCAAGCCAGGCAGCAGGGAGCUGAUGAGGGUUGAAGCCUAUAACGGCUCCUCCCUGAAGCUGCUGCGGCUGGAGCGUAGACAAAUGGGCGCCUAUCUGUGCAUAGCCUCCAACGAUGUCCCACCGGCGGUCAGUAAACGCGUUUCUCUCAGCGUGCAAUUUGCGCCGAUGGUGCGCGCCCCCAGCCAAUUGCUCGGCACACCACUGGGCUCCGAUGUACAGCUCGAGUGCCAGGUGGAGGCCUCUCCCUCCCCAGUCUCCUACUGGCUAAAAGGAGCACGCACGUCUAGCGGCUUUGCCAGCAUAUCCACAGCCAGCCUGGAGACGGGUUCGCCGGGUCCCGAAAUGCUACUGGACGGGCCCAAGUACGGCAUCACAGAGAAGCGCGACGGCUAUCGGGGCAUCAUGCUGCUCGUGGUCCGUUCCUUUUCCCCUUCCGAUGUGGGAACCUACCACUGCGUCAGCACAAACUCGCUGGGCCGUGCGGAGGGCACUCUGCGUCUCUAUGAAAUCAAACUACAUCCCGGCGCCUCAGCCAGCAACGAUGAUCAACUGAAUUUUAUUAGCGGUCCGGAGGAGGCGCGUAAUGCGGUCGCCUGCAGGCAUCCCAGCUGCGCGAAUUGUGCGUGGCUGUCUCUGCUGCUGCUGCUCCGACUCCGGCUCUGGCUCCGGCCACUGGCCUGGCAUGCGUGA